UCGUCUCAAAAAAGUUAUUCGGUACAGGACAGAGCAUCUUUUUUAUGACCACCUCUAAAAAUAGUCCGUGGGGUGGCAGCCUCUGCUGCUUUUGACCCUGCAUGCACAUGCACAAAAUUGCCAAAUUGCUUUCAUAUAGAAGUUUGCUUUAUCUUUUGAUGUAUCUUCCACAGAGAUAUAUAUAGGGAUAACAGUUGAAUUUGAUCGUGUUCCUGUACUAGAGAGAGAGAGUUGUGAGGUGCUUUGUGUUGAUAGAGGAUGGAGAAAAUAAUGGGACUUCUCAGAGUUCGAGUGAUGAAGGGCAUCAACUUGGCCGUCAGAGACGUAAAGAGCAGCAACCCAUAUGUUGUCCUCACCAUGGGAGAACAGAGAUUGAAGACUCGAGUGAUCGAUAACAAUCUCAACCCCGUGUGGAAUGAAGAGUUGACAUUUUCAAUUGCACCCCCUAUUUUACCCGUCAAGCUUAAUGUGUACGACAAAGACACAUUCACCAAGGACGACAAGAUGGGAGAAGCUGUGUUUGAAAUUCAGACCUUGAUAGAGUGUGCAAGGCUCAAUUUGGAGGGUGUACCGAGUGGUGCAGUGAUUAGAACGGUUGCACCGAGUGAGCACAACUGCUUGGCUGAAGAGAGCCUCAUUUGUCGGACUGAUGGGAAAGUUAUUCAGGACCUUCGCCUCAGGCUACGUAAUGUGGAGUGUGGUGAAGUGGAGCUUCAAUUGGAGUGGAUCAUUGUACCUGGAUCUAUGGAGAUUCAGAUGCCCUGAAGUUUCGAAGCAUUCAUGGUUGGAAUUGCCAAUGCUCCGAUUAGUACCAUGAAACACAGUUGUCUAGUUGUGAUGUAUCCUAUGGUUAUGGCCUGUUCAUAUAGAAAGAUCUUUGUUUUCUUUGUAUGCAUAGAAACUGGGUUAAUGCAGCUUGAUGUGUGUGUCAAAACCUUUAAAAUCAUAAAAUGCUAAGCAUGUUUCACCA